CGAUAUAUAAAAUAGUUUUAUAUGCCUAUGUACUGUGUAUUCAUUGUAUGCAUAUUAUAAUCUUGCUUACAAAGAGAUCAAGUAUACUUCAUAUAAAGAAUAAAUUUAAAUCGUUUAUAGAAAUAAUUGAGUCUCUUUAGGUAUUUGUUAGUCAUAACUAUAUCGUCCUUGAAAAUGGCUCGAACCUAUCAUUUCUCAUCGAUGUUUAGAGGUUGGAACACGUGUUUCCGAGUUAACCUUUAAAUUCUUUAGAUCUCAAAGAUAGUUGUUCUAUUAAUUAACAUUAUGUCAGUGUAUCACGACGAAGUGGAAAUCGAAGAUUUUGAAUACGACGAAGACGAAGAAAUUUAUUACUACCCUUGUCCAUGCGGUGAUCAAUUCCAAAUAUCAAAGGCAGAUCUUAUAGCUGGUGAAGAAGAAGCUACAUGUCCGUCGUGUUCACUUGUUGUUAAAGUAAUUUAUAAUAAGGAAGCAUUUCUUGAGAAACAAGAAAACAUUAAUAAAACAGAACAAAAAAAGGAGCUUCUGUCGGAGAAAGUUUGA